AUGUGUAACUCUACCAUAGUGACUGAAUUCCUACUUACAGGAUUUUCUGAUGUGUGGGAGAUCAGAAUUUUACUCACCAUGCUAUUUCUACUGAUGUAUGUGGCUACUAUAAUGGGGAAUUUUCUUGUAAUCACAGUAAUCACCAUUGAUCAGAGUCUUCAUACCCCAAUGUAUUUCUUUCUUCGAAAUCUGUCUGUCCUGGACAUGUGCUUCAUUUCUGUCACUGUACCCAAGGCAUGUGUCGUCUUCCUGCUUAACAACAGGGUGAUCUCCAAGGUUGGAUGUGCAGCUCAGAUCUUCCUUGUGUUUUUAUGUGCUGCUGUGGAAUUUCUGUUACUCACUAUUAUGGCCCAUGACCGCUAUGUGGCCAUCUGUCAGCCCCUCCACUACCAUGUGGUCAUGAACCCUCGUGUCUGUGUCCAGAUGACACUGGCCUCUGUGAUAAGUGGUGUGGUCUAUGCAGGAGUGCACACUGGCAACACAUUCCGUUUAUCAUUUUGUCAGUCCAACGUGAUCCAUCAGUUUUUCUGUGACAUUCCCUCUCUGCUGAAGCUCUCCUGCUCUGACACCUUAGGCAAUGAGAUUGGAAUUCUUGUCUCUGCAAUGGUGAUAGGAGGUGGCUGCUUUUCCUUCAUCACCAUCUCUUAUAUCCGUAUAUUUUCUACUGUUUCCAAGUUACCAACCAGAGAACGAGGAAAAGCCUUUUCUACCUGCAUCCCUCACAUCCUCAUAUUUAUGGUCUUUCUAAGCUCUGGUGUUGUUAUAUAUCUGAAGCCAACCUCCAACUCACUUCCAGUCCAGGACAUGAUCAUGUCUAUGUUCUAUUCCAUAGUUCCCCCUUUAUUGAAUCCUAUUAUUUAUAGUCUUAGAAACAAGCAGAUAAAGGAAGCAAUAAGGAGAAUUAUAAGAACAGUCACUCAAUUCAAGAAAACUAUAAGAUAA